AUGACUCACCACGAACCCAAGAACCUCGAAGAAUUCAAGAAGUUGAUUAACCAAGAUAAACUUGUUGUUGUUGAUUUUUAUGCUACCUGGUGUGGUCCUUGUAAAUUGAUUGCUCCCAAGUUUGCCAAGUUCGCUGAAACCUAUUCUGAUGCUGUCUAUGUCAAGGUUGAUGUUGAUGAAGUUCCCGACGUUGCCUCUGAAUAUGGAAUUCGUGCUAUGCCUACCAUCAUGUACUUCAAGAAUGGUGCAAAGGUUGACGAAGUUGUUGGUGCCAAUGUUGCUGCCAUUGAGAAAAAGAUCAAGGAGCUUCUUUAA